CAGUCCUACACUUUCCUUGCCUGAAGCAACUGUCAUCCCAAAAGAUCCUGAUAGCCAGGCCAGCUGGAAGCAGGGACUAAAAGAAGAAUGUUAGCAUGUCUUUCCCCCGCUUGUACCUUAAAUAUCUUCCAUGCAGUUCACAGGGUGUAAUUUUAGACUCCACAUGAGGCAGGAGCAAACAGUUUGUAGCUGAAGUCAAAGUCAGAAGCAGUUGGCUCUGUCCUGAGUCAUAGAUUAGACAGACUUACCCUUCCUUUUGAUAUUAGUAGAAAGAAGCUCACCAGGCCAAAACAUGUCAAACAGUAGAGACGUGGAAGACCUCAAUGAAGAAGACAUUGAUGAGGAUGAAAUCCUUGCUAUGCUUUCACCCGAGGAGCUUAAGGAGCUCCAGAGUGAGAUGGAUGUAAUUAUUGCCCCCGAUGAGAGUGUACCGGUUGGGCAGAGACAGAAGGACCAGACGGAGAAGCCCCCGACAGGCACGUUCGACCACAGAUCCCUGGUUGAUUACCUCUACUGGGAGAAAGAGUCCAAACGUAUGCUUGAGGAAGAAAGAGUGCCUGCUACUCUGCUGCCCAGUGAGAAAACUUUGAGGGAGGAAGCUGAAAAGAAAGAAAAAGAAGAAAACACAGAAAAUGGGAAAUAUGAAGUCUAUGAAGUGAUAGAGGAAGUAAUUGAGGAGCACACUGUAGAUGGUAUUGAUGGAGAGGAAAUUAUAGAGGAGAUCAUUGAGGAAAUCGUGGAAGAGGUUGAUGAGAUGGAUGAAAAAGACGUGGAGGUGGAUAUAAAAGGUGAGAAAGAGGUGAAGUCACCUGUGAACACAGACAGACAUGAAACUAUAGACAAUCAUGUAGAGCCUCAAGACAACAACACAGAAAAAGUACCAGAAAACAACACAGAUGACAAUAGGCCUUUUUCAGACACAAAGGAGAAGAGUGAGAGCGCAGCCCCAGAGCACAGCAUGUCACAAGUUGAAGAGAAAGAGGAAAUUACUACAGACUCUUUGCUCCCCAAAGAGGCACCAGAGGAGCCACAGAUAAAUGAAACCAAUGAUAAGCUCCCACAGAAAGAAGAGAGAAAAAUUAACAAAUUAAAAAUUCCAAAGCUGGCACUCAAUAAUGUAAAAAUGACAUCAAGACCUUCAGGAAAUGAGACAAAUUUGGAUUCAACACUUGACAAAAUACGCAAAAAUAACCCCUCUGUCACUGAGGUAAACCUCAACAACAUAGAAAACAUUCCCAAAGAGAUGCUCUUGGACUAUGUCAAUGCCUUGAAGAAGAACAAAUAUGUGAAAACCUUCAGCAUAGCCAAUACCGGUGUGGAUGAAAACAUAGCUUUCAACCUGGCCAACAUGUUACGAGAGAAUCGCAGCAUUACAACUUUAAAUAUCGAGUCCAACUUCAUAACCGGAAAGGGCAUCGUUGCCAUCAUCCGCUGCCUCCAAUUCAAUGAGACUCUCUCAGAGCUGCGUUUUCAUAACCAGAGGCAUAUGCUGGGUCACCACGCGGAGAUGGAGAUCUCACGCCUGCUCAAAGCCAACAACACCCUCCUGAAGAUGGGCUACCAUUUUGAGCUGCCAGGGCCCAGGAUGGUGGUCACCAACAUUUUGACCAGGAAUCUCGACCGCCAGAGGCAGCUGAGGAAGGAGGACCAAAGGCAGCAGCAAAUGAAGGAGCAAAAGGAGCUGAUGCAGAUGUAUGAGAGCAGUCUGAACCUGCCUCCUGGUUUACUUGAGAUGCUAGGGUACAUACCGCCUCUAGAACUCCUGCGGGAGCAUGGGCUUAUCCCACCCAUGUCAGAAGUGAGCGCUGUAUCUCAAACACACCAACAAGCAGAACAACCACAGCCUCAGAAGCAGCCCAAGCACAACAGCGCUCUCAAACAACCCAGUGCCGAACCAGCAAACCCACUAAGGGACGUCCAGCUGAAGAGGACUCCCAAGAAACGUGAUCCUUUCCUGGAUCUAAACCCAAGGGAUGACAGGAGACCCGAGAGGGCAACCUUCCAGCUGAGGAAAACUCCCAAAGUAAAGGAUGUAGGCAGCGAAGGGAUGAUAGAUGAAAGAGCAAACCUGACUGAUGUGAUUAAGACUUUGAAGCCCGUCCCUCGCAGACGAGUCCCACCAAAGGUUGAGCUCACACCCCGUGAUCAACUACUAAGUGAGAUCAAACAGAGCAACGUGGCCUAUCUUAAAUCUGUGCCACUCCCAAAAGUCCUGGAAUCAAGUGAAACAAGUCUCCUCUGAGGCUGCAUUUUCAGCUGUUUUUCUUCACCAUACUGUUUAUCUUACACAUAUUUGGUAUUAGUCACUCUAAAACUACUCAAAUGAACUGGGAAAAAUAAGAGUGAACUAUACUUUCAUUACACAUAAAAAAUAUUGUCUGGUUGUUGUUCCACUCUUGUGUUGCUCACUGAAUGCUGUUGAAAGUCAUGCCAAUGAAAGUACAAGAAUUUCAAAGAAAGUUCAUCGCCAAAACAUCUCCUAUUCAAUUGUAAUUCAAAUGUUCCACCUCUUUCAUGAUUUGCUAUCUCUAAAACACAGAACAUGGUGAACAUAUUGUUUGUUGACAUAAGACUUUCGUAUAUUGUCCAAAUAUAUGACAAAUUUAGCUACAAAAAUAUUUUUAGUGUAGGUUUGUUUGAUUAAAUGUUAGAGGAUCCAAUUG